UCUCCCCCCGUUAAAAAGGAAAAAAAAGAAAAAAAAAAAAAGGUUUCUCCAGUGUUUGCGUUCUCAGAAGUUGGUAUUAUUAUUUUUUUGUCUUAAAGGCCUCGGCCUCGUUUGUUUUUAAGUGUGUGGGCGCUGCCUCGGCUCCGGUGCACGAUGUCUGCAAAUGCAGAAGCGCAGUGUGCAAGCCUCUCAGAGGAUAAUACCAAUUUGUCAACAACCUGUCAAGGAUAUGUUUUACCAGAAGGAAAAAUCAUGCCAAAUACAGUCUUUGUUGGUGGAAUCGAUAUAAGGAUGAACGAAGCAGAAAUUCGGAGUUACUUUGAACAAUACGGUACUGUGAAAGAGGUGAAAAUAAUUACUGACAGGACUGGUGUUUCUAAAGGGUAUGGAUUCGUAUCAUUCCUGGACAAUGUGGAUGUUCAGAAAAUAGUAGAAUCACAAAUCAACUUCCAUGGCAAAAAGCUGAAACUGGGGCCAGCGAUUAGAAAACAACAGAAUUUGUGUUCUUAUGUGCAACCGAGACCAUUAGUUUUCAAUCCUCCUGCACCGCAGUUCCAUAGUGUAUGGAGUAAUCAAAGUACAGAGACCUACAUGCAGCCUCCAGCUGUCGUGAGCCCGCUAACUCAGUAUGUACAGACAUAUCCAUACAGUUCCCCAGCUUUAUUGAUACAGCAGCAGGUUCCUGUAGGAUAUCAGCCAGCUUACAACUAUCAGGUUCAACCACAAUGGGUUCCUGGGGAGCAAAGAAAUUAUAUUAUGCCUCCGGUUUAUACUUCAGUCAACUAUCACUACAGUGAGGAUCCAGAAUUUAUACAAACAGAAUGUGUUGUUCCAGAGCCCACACAGUCGUCUAGUAAUAGUCCACAAAAGAAGUCUGUGGACAGGAGCAUACAAACGGUAGUAUCCUAUCCUGAGAAUCGUCUGAGGAACACCUUUGUAUCACAAGAAGACUACUUUAAGGAGAGGCGGGCGCAUCACUUCAGAAGAGGAAGAGCGGUACUCAAAAGUGUUUAAUCGACGAAGACUUUGAAAGAGCCUAAACUUGUUACCUUGAUGUUCCUACAGUUCAGUUUAGUAAGAUGUGUAGUAGUGUAACCUCUUUCAGAAAGUUGCUUCAAGUUGAUGUUCGUGUUCCUGUUUUACCUGUUCCAAUAGUUAAUUUUGCUUGAAGUUUAAAGUUGUAAGAGUUGAAACAUUUCCAGGUUUUAUUACUAGUUUGCAUGUUUCCCCUGCUAACUAACUGGAAUGCUAAUUUUAAAGAGUUUAUAUGGCAAAAACACUGGUUUGUUUGGUACAUGUGGGUUUUCUUCUGAGCUUUAAGGUACAGUUUGUUGCAUGUUAGACUUAGUUUUUCUUAAACCACAAUUUAAGUUACUAACAUCGACCAGUUACCUCUUAUUUUAAAAGUUGAAGCAGUUAACUUGUCCAAGAGGUAGUAUUUUAAAACUGAGCUCUUAAUCAGUGGAACAGAAGACAUCAAGAUGUAACUCAAAUGAAGCCCUUUAAGUCCUGGUUCUCUUCAGACUAUCUAAUCAAUGUCAUUAUGUUCACUAAUGACAGUUUAUGUACCUUCAGUCUUGAAGCAUCACUAUUAGUUUUGGGAAAGUAAUUAAGAGAAUCCUAAAAUUCCUGUGUGUAACUUAAGAUGCGAAAAUGUAGUUAGCUAUAUUGGCUACUCAGAGGAGUAUGCUUUUUUUACUGGAAAAAUUUUAGCAAUGCCUGUAUCUUAAAAUUGUGA